UUUUGAUGGCAGUGAAAUUUCAGCAUUGUAGGAAGUUAGUUAGAACUACCAAGCACAGCGCAUGGAAAACAUUCCAGAAUCUUCAUCGAAAGGGACGAAACGCCGGCGAGAUGAAGAUUCCGACGCCGGAAACACCUCGUCGCUCGAGGGCGAUCUCACAUUCUCCGACACGCUCGUUGCGCUUCGAAUCAUGCGAGCUCAGUUUCCCCACAUUCACAAGGUUUCAGUUGAGCCUUUUAUAUUGAAGUCACAAUUGUAUAGCAGUGUGAAGGACAGAACACAAGUGGAUAGGGAAUUGGAGUCUCUAAGGAGGGACAAAGUGCUGCGCCUUUUCAAAUUGAAUACUGGACAAGAUGAUCAUGCUGUAAUGUUUUUGGAUGACUACCUAAAGCAGAUAGACCGUGUUGUGAAAAGAAUGGAAGGAGAUAAAGGAGGGGAACAUGAAGUUUUUGGGUGGUUCAAUACUCAUGUUCUAGAUUCAAAGCUGGAAACUGGCAUCGAACAUCAAGAGCUUUGCUCACUCUUGUCACUUGGGGGAAAGGUGAAGGACCAUCACAUCUCCCUUCUAAUUAAUGCAGGGAUCCUUACUAGGCAACUUAUUGAUCCAAACAUGUAUUGGUUUGCAAUUCCGAAUAUUGGCUCACUUCUUAAGGGUCUAGUUCAGGGAAGAAAGGAAAUUGUCUCUCUUCUCUGCCGUCGGAGAUAUAAGGAGAUGAUGUUGGCCUCUUUGGAAAAGAAGCGUCUUCGAAUGUCUCAAUUUGAUAUGAGAUUUCAUCUUCGUGAUUUGAUUGGUUCUGGUCAUCUCAGAACUGACCAGACUCCAACCGGUUUAAUUAUUAGGGUCUCAAAAGAUUAGAGAUCCAGAAAGUCCUACAUGUCUAUGAAAUGAUUCAUCUGCUCCUUUUCGCUGUUAAUUUCAAGAAGAGGUUACUGCUCGCUGGAGGCUAUCAUGUGACUAGGUUAUGUGCUUUCAUAGCUUCUACUACGAAUGUAUUUUCAUUAAUAAUAGGUAUGUUGCGUUAUUUAGAAAAAAAAAACCGUAUUGCUCGCCAUUUAGAUUUUAAAUUAAAAGUGAUAAAGUUAAUAUUCAUAUCAAAUC